ACACGUCCUGUGCGUCGAAGUAGGGACUGUUAUUACUUAAUCCUGAUUACUCGUUCUCUUCUGGUUGUUAUUUAUAUUUAGAUUUGUGAUAUAAUCACACUUAAAACAGGCUUCGUCAUGAUUAAGUUAUUUUCAUUAAAACAACAGAAGAGAGACGGUGAGACCGUCCAGCAUCCGGGAACGCGACAAUCAGCUGCUCAGCUUAGAAUCCAGAAAGAUAUUAAUGAGCUGAAUUUGCCAAAAACGUGUCAGGUCGAUUUCCCAGAUCAGGACGACCUGCUAACCUUUAAACUCAUCAUCUCACCAGAUGAGGGUUUCUAUCGAGGCGGUAGGUUUUCAUUCAGCUUCAAAGUAGGUCAGGGCUACCCACAUGAACCUCCUAAAGUCAAGUGUGAGACACUAGUUUACCAUCCCAACAUUGACCUGGAGGGAAACGUCUGUCUAAAUAUAUUAAGGGAAGACUGGAAGCCAGUUUUGACAGUUAACUCCAUUGUGUAUGGCUUACAGUACCUCUUCCUGGAGCCGAACCCUGAAGACCCGCUUAACAAGGAAGCUGCCGAGGUGCUUCAGAGCAAUCGAAGACUCUUCGAACAGAACGUACAGAAAUCGAUGCGGGGAGGCUACAUCGGGGCCAUCUACUUUGACCGUUGUCUCAAAUGAUUCAUCGCUCGCGCGAGCGCGAGCGUGCCAUCCCUCCUGCCUUGUGUAAAUAGACUCGCGUGCGGCAUUCCCACAAUGCAACGCGCUAACACGGUCGCGGGAGCGUUCGUGUUUGCCGACGGUUCCCGCGCGGGCGGGGCGCUCGUUCUGCCGCCCGCUCGAACUGUGAUGCUCAGUGCAGCGGCUGCUGCAUUGUGGGAAGGCAUGCUGCACUGCCAUACUGUGGGCACGCGUCCGCGUAUGGUGAACGAUGGGGCCACAACGUUGCUGGCACAUUGGCAGUCUCUCUUUUCGUAAUUUCGGAAAAUCUUAGUUGGGUUCAGGACGUCUCUCAGUCUCUGUGUACCGGUGGAUGGUACCCAGGCUGUAGCAGGAAGUUGUGGUGCUCUACAAUCGCCAAGCAGUUGCUAAUAGCACUCUACUAUGUUCAAAUCAUCCUUAGAAUAUUUAAAUAUUGGGCUAAUCUGGAUGCGUAGUUUGUGACAAUUUCUAUAGUACGAUGAGGCUGAAGGUCAUGAAUAAUACGUUAAUUUUGAACGUGUGUGACUCACAUGCAAGAUGAUUUUUGCAGAUAUGUUGUGUAUAAAAGCACAUUUAUACGUACGACGUACUUUGUAAAACACUGUAGAUACCUUGUAAACUGUAGGGUGUUUAGCAGUAACACUCUUUAACGCCUCUUGUUUCCUUGUCGGUUUGCUAUGAUAUUAAUGUUUUGUAGUUAACAGCAAACAAUGACUAUUGAUCACCCUGUUGAUGAAAGUUAAAGCUAUCGAAUUCUAACAUUGUCUAUAUCCACCAUUUUUUUCUAAAUAUAGGCACGAACUAACACGUUGCUGAUACUUGUAUCGUGCCGUACACAUCUCUGAGGCAUGUCUGAAUGUCAUGUGAAACUUCGUGCAUUGCAAGGUUAGAAAAUAUGGACGUGACACUCGUAUGCGUGCAAGGCGUUCGAUUGUGUCCAAGAGCCACCAUUUUGUUGUUGUCCCGUGUAAGAUAACAACAUAAUGCUGCACUGCAGAUAUUUAGUGGUAAAGCAGGGAAACUCCAUGUUGCCAUGCUAUUUCGGAUCAUGCACCGUAGUAGCUGGUCAUGGUGCAGAGCUGAUGUCCAGGAUCCAGCUUUGUUAUAUCGUAUAUUAAUAAAUCAAUAUAAAAAAUAAAGAAUGUGUGAAUAUGAUGUAAUCUCAA